GCAAUGAAGGGGACGCUGCUGCUCUGUGCCUGGCUGGUGCUUCUGUGCGGUCUUUGCAGAGCAAGUUUCCGUGGGAAAGAAUUCAUUACGGUCUUCAUGCAAAACUAUGUCCAAAGUGUCAGAGCAGAUUGCAAGCUGUUCAUCACUGGUUACCAUGCCUCCACUACGGUUACUGUGACGGUGAACAAGGGUAAAACGUUUCGGAGAGUGACGCCUGUUGGAGAAGGACAGACGGUGACCGUGCAGAUCCCAGCCUCAGUAGAGAUGUUUGGGAGCAAAAUCUUUGAUAGCACCAUCCUGAUUCAGGCUGACAAAGACAUCUCUGUCCUGUCUGUUAACUCAAAGCCCAAUUCCAUUGCUACCACUGUAGUGUACCCCACUGAGAAGUUGGGUACUGUAUAUUACAUUGUAACUCCACCUGGUUUACAUUUAGGAAGCUACAAAGAGUUUGCUGUCGUAGCAGGGCAGGCUCCCACUACAGUUGAUAUUUACUUGAAAGGGGCUGUAAUGUUCAAACGGUGGAUCUAUGCUGCUGGGCGCAAACUCACUGUUGCCCUCGCUCCCUACCAAGCCUUGCAACUGCAAAGCUUAGUUGAUUUAUCCGGUACCAAGAUCGAGUCUCGGGAACCUGUGGCCGUCUUGACUGGGCACAGCUGUGCUGAAAAAUACACCGUUUGUGAUCACGCUGUCGAGCAGCUCCUGUCUGUCUCCAGCUGGGGCAGCACAUACAUCGUCCCUCCUCUGUCCUUCCAGAACAAGUAUGACAUUGCAUACAUCAUCGCCUCCCAAAACACGCGCAUUGACUAUCAGUCAGGGCCCAGACGAGCUUCCCGCAACAUAUUGGCCGGGCGGGUUGUUGAAUUUGAAGUCCGAGGCUCUCACCCACUUUACAUCUCUGCUAGCACCGGCAUCCAGGUUCUUCUCUUCUUCACUGGUGCUAAAAAUGGGAAAUCCACGUAUGACCCGUUCUUCAUCAACAUCCCACCCGUCACGAACUACUGCCAGUCCUACCACAUUGACGGGGUGAAGGAUUUUGAGAACCAUGUGCUGAUCAUAGUCAAGAGCUCAGAGUCCGGCAGGAUCACCUCUGAUCAGAGAGCCAUAGGAAAUGUCCAGUGGAGGCAGAUCCCCGGCACGGAGUAUUCUUGGGGAGAGUACAGCUUCGGCACAGGGAUUAGUGCCCAUUCCAUAGAGCACCCGACCUCUCCCUUCGGUCUGCUGAGCUUUGGAGGGAACAAUCAUGGUGGAUAUGGCUCAUCUGGCCUUUGUGCACAGAGUAACUCGACCCUGUCCUGCAGCACUGUUCAGUGCAGGAAGAAAGAGACGUGUCAGAUUGUAGAUGGCCGCCCGGAGUGUGUGGCUGAGUCAGAAUCCACCUGCUGGGCUCAGGGAGACCCACAUUAUCACACCUUCGAUGGGCGGAAUUUCGACUUCAUGGGCACCUGCACCUAUACCAUCGCCAAGACCUGUGGCUCAGACUCAACUCUCCCGUCGUUCAGUGUCAAGGCCAAGAAUGACAACAGGGGCAACACGCGUGUUUCCUAUGUUGGUUAUGUGACGGUUGAAGUCUAUAAUGUCACUGUCUCAGUGGUCAGAUAUGAGACUGGAUUUGUGAGGGUGAAUGACCAGCGCUCCCGCCUCCCCAUCUCUGUGCUCGAGGGGAAGCUGAGGGUGUAUCAGAGUGGGGGCUCUGUGGUCAUCGAGACUGACUUCUCCCUGAGGGUCUCCUACAACUGGGGCAGCUCCCUGGUGGUGAAGAUCUCCAGCAGCUUCUGGGAGCAUGUGUGUGGCCUCUGUGGCAACUACAACGGGGAUGCCAGGGAUGACUUUGCCACCCCCACGGGGGCGCUGGCUGCCAACCCCGUGGAGUUCGGGAAGAGCUGGAAGGUGGAGGACGGGGACAGGUUCUGCUGGGACGACUGCCACGGGGAAUGCAAGAGCUGCUCCCCAGAGCUGGUUGACAGGUACAAAGCUGAGCCCUUCUGCGGCUGGAUCACCAAAGAGGCGGGUGGCCCUUUCAGCCGAUGCCACUCCGUGAUCGACCCCAAAAUCUACCUGGACAACUGCGUCUAUGAUCUGUGCAUGAACAAUGGCCUCAAGGAGAUGCUGUGCCAGGCACUGACGAGCUACGCCGAUGCCUGCCGGAGAGAGGGGGUGGAUAUCUCUGACUGGAGGAUGCCCACGGGGUGCUCUCUGCCCUGCCCGGAGAACAGCCAGUACCAGUUCUGUGGCUCCGUGUGUCCUGCCACCUGCAAUGACCAAGCGGCCCCUAACAACUGCUCCUUGCCCUGUGUGGAGACCUGCCAGUGCAAUGAGGGCUUCGUGCUGGAUGCUGGAAAAUGCAUCCCCAAGGCCAGCUGUGGGUGCAAGUUCAACGGGCGUCUAUAUGCCCUUGGAGAGCAAUUCUGGGGGGACAACACCUGCACAAGACGGUGCCUUUGUGAACCGCAAACCAGGCAAGUGAGCUGCCAGGCCACAGGGUGCAGGACUGGGGAGCAGUGCCGGGUGGAGAAUGGCAUCCAGAACUGCUACCCCAUCAGCUACGGAACCUGCUCAGCUUCGGGGGAUCCUCACUACAUCAGCUUUGACGGGAAGAAGUUUGACUUCCAAGGCACCUGCCUGUAUCAGUUCGCCGGGAUGUGCAUCAAAAGCCAGGACCUGGUGGAUUUCCAGGUCCUAGUUCAGAACGACCAUCGGGGCAGCCAAGUUGUGUCCUUCACCAAAGUUGUGCAGGUCAAAGUCUAUGAGGUCGACAUUGUGAUCAGCAGGGAAAAUCCCGGCAGAGUCAUGGUGAACAACGUGCUGAUCAACCUACCAUAUAGCACCAACAACAGCAAGAUCUCCAUAUACCGGAGGGGGCAGGAAGCACUGAUCCAGACUGACUUCGGUCUCACCGUCGCCUUUGACUGGCAGGGCCGGAUCACUGUCACUGCUCCAAGCACCUAUGCUGGAGCCGUGUGCGGUCUCUGUGGGAACUUCAACGGGGACAAGGGAGAUGAGUUGACCACGAGGGGCGGCACAUUGGCCCCAAACCCAACGGCCUUUGGGCAGAGCUGGAAGGUGAAGGAUAUCCCCGGCUGUGUGGAGGUUGCCAAGGACGAGUGCUCAGAUCUAGCAGCUGUUGAGAGACGCCAAAGAGGAAUGAAUGGGGAGUGUGGAAUGCUCCUAGACAAGAACGGCCCCUUCCGAGAGUGUCACAGCAAAGUCGACCCCGAGGGCUACUUCCAAGACUGCGUGUAUGAUUAUUGCUUCUUCAAAGGCCAACAAGCUGUGAUAUGCCAACUUAUCACCAGCUAUGCCACAGCCUGCCAUGCUGCUGGGGUGACUAUAUAUGCCUGGAGGACCAACUCCUUCUGCAGUCUCUCCUGUGCCCAAAACAGCCACUACGAGGUCUGUGCGCGGGGCUGCCAGUCGACCUGCAGCAGCCUCUACGCCCCAGUUCAGUGCUCGUCCCAGUGCUGGGAAGGCUGCAUGUGUGAUGAGGGCUUUGUGCUCAGCGGUGAUGAGUGCGUCCCUAUAUCCCAGUGUGGAUGUGUCUACCUGGGAUUGUAUUAUAAGGCUGGGGAGACCUUCCACCCAACGUGCCAGGAGCAGUGUGUGUGCCAGGCCAGCGGAGACGUGGUGUGUAAGGGGUUGACCUGCCGCCCUUAUGAGGAGUGCAAGCUGGUGAAUGGCAUCCGUAAAUGCCAGCCUGUUGGAUCCGCAACAUGCUCCGCAGCCGGAGACCCCCACUACCUCUCCUUCGAUGGGGUCGCCUUCGAUUUCCAAGGCACCUGCACCUACAUCCUGGCCAAGACCUGCACCAACACCGGGAACCUGACGUCCUUCUCCGUGAAGGUGGAGAAUGUGCCCUGGGGCAAUGGGAAGGUGUCUGUCACUAAGCUGGUGUCCGUGGAGGUCUAUGGGCUCACGCUCACCCUGCUGCAGAACAAAAAGGGGCUUGUCAUGGUGGACGGGGUGUCCCACAACCUCCCUGUGGUCGUGGUCGAUGGGCAGCUCCAAGCAUAUCAGCACGGCGGGAACGUGCUGGUGCAAACGGACUUCGGCCUCACCGUGAGCUACGACCUGGUUUACCACGCCAGAGUCACCGUCCCAGGGAACUACCAGGACCAGAUGUGCGGCCUGUGCGGGAACUACAACGGGCGUCGGGAUGACGAGUUCCUGCUCCCCGAUGGCAGGGUGGCCUCUAACGUGGCAGCGUUCGGUUCUGCCUGGAAAGUCGUGAUCCCGGGGGUGGCCUGUGAGGAUGGAUGCGCCGGGAACAACUGCCCGGUCUGUGAGGAGAGGAAGAAGGACUUCUUCAAACAGCGCAACUACUGCGGGCUGCUCACAGCGCCCGAUGGCCCCUUCGCCGCCUGCCACAGCACAGUCAGCCCCACUGUGUAUUUCAACAACUGCCUGUAUGAUCUGUGCCUGGGCAACGGGGACUCCCAGGUCCUGUGCCAGAGCAUCCACAGCUACGUGACGGCCUGCCAGGAUGCCGGGGCCCCCAUCCAGCCCUGGAGGAGCGCCUCCUUCUGUCCUCUGCGCUGCCCGGCCAACAGUCACUACGAGGUGUGCGCCGACCUCUGCACCACCACCUGUGCCAGGAUCACCAAUGCCAGGAAGUGCCCAGACACCUGCGCCGAAGGCUGCCAGUGCGACGAUGGCUUCCUCUUCGACGGCCAGGGCUGCGUGGCUCUGCAGAGCUGUGGGUGCUUCAAGAAGGGGAUAUAUUACAAGCCUAAUGAGACAGUUCUGACCAACAAGUGCCAGCAAAACUGCACCUGCAUUCCUGCCCAAGGGGUGAUCUGUGAAGCCCACAGCUGCACCAGCGAUGAAACCUGUCAGAUCAGAGAUGGAGUCAUGCAAUGCAUCAACAAAGAUCCCUGCAAAGUCCUGACAUGUCGGGCCAAGGAGACGUGCAAGAUCGAGAACGGCCAUGCGAAGUGUGUUCCCGAUUUCAUUGGAACCUGCUGGGGCUGGGGGGACCCGCACUAUCACAGCUUCGACGGGCUGAACUUCAAUUUCCAGGGCACCUGCACCUACACCCUGGCCAAGUACUGCGGGACCGACCCCACCCUGGUGCCCUUCACCAUCGAUGAGAAGAACGACAACAGGGGGGGCAACCAGGCUGUCUCCUAUGUGCGUCUGACCAACAUCUUCGUCUACGGGUACAACAUCUCCAUCCACAAGAAGGAAGUUGGGAAAAUCAGAAUCAAUGAUGUGACCACCAGCUUGCCGGUGACCCUUGAAGAUGGUAAAAUCAAGCUCUACCAGAGCGGUCUCAAUGCUAUCCUGCAGACAGACUUUGGUCUGCAGGUGUCGUAUGACUGGAAUUGGCACCUGAUCAUCACCCUGCCCAGCAGCUAUUAUGGGGCCAUGGGCGGCCUUUGUGGGAACUUCAACCAAAACCGUGGAGAUGACAUGAGGUCACCCAACGGCACCAGAGUCUCCUCCAUCGUGGACUGGGCCAGGAGCUGGAAAGUCAAAGACCGGGACCCCUUCUGCUGGGAUGAUUGCAAAGGGAAAUGCCCAACGUGCGAUGAGAGCAAGCAGAAGAUCUACGGGGGCGACGAAUACUGUGGUUUGAUCAGCAAAGCACCGGGAGGGCCCUUCAGAGAGUGUCACCCCAAAGUGAGCCCAGAGGACAUUUUCGACAGCUGCAUCUACGACGUGUGUCUGAACGGGGGAGCCAAGAACAUCCUGUGCCAGGCGCUGGAGGCCUACGCAGCCAUCUGCAAGAAACAGGGCGUCACCGUCUAUGACUGGAGGACACCGUCCGGCUGUGUCCUGCCCUGCACUGAGAACAGCCACUACGAGGCCUGUGGGAACGCCUGCCCAGCCAGCUGCUCUGACCGAACUGCCCCCUCCUCCUGCCGGGAGCCCUGCGUGGAGACCUGCCAGUGUGACAAUGGUUAUGUCCUGAGUGCCGGCCAGUGCGUCCCCGUGGGGAGCUGUGGCUGUGACUACAAUGGCCGCUACUACAAACCCAACGAGGAGUUCUGGGCCGAUGAGAACUGCCACUCUUGGUGCAGCUGUGACCCCAGCCUGGGCAUGGUGCUUUGCCAGGAGACCAGCUGCAAGACCAGCGAGAGAUGCGCCGUGAUCAACGGGGUCCGUGGCUGCUACCCAAUCAGCUACUCCACAUGCACGGCCUCUGGGGACCCUCACUACACCACCUUUGACGGGAAAAAGUACGAUUUCAUGGGCACCUGCAUCUACCAGCUGGCUGGGGUCUGCUCCGAGGACCCCACACUCACCCCGUUCAACGUCAAGGUGGAGAAUAACAACCGUGGCAGCAAGGCCGUGUCCUACACCAAAGCGGUGACCUUGGAGGUCUACGGCAGAAACAUCACUGUCAGCCAGCAAUAUCCCCGCAAGAUCAAGGUGGACGGUGUCUUUGUGGCCCUGCCUUUCUACCAUGAGGAGAAGCUACAGGCCUAUGUCAGUGGAGCCCAAGUCCUCAUCAAGACCGCCUUCGCCCUAACAGUGACCUUUGACGGGAGUGGCCUGGUCCGGGUCACUGUACCCAACACUUACGCCAAUGCCCUCUGUGGUCUGUGUGGUGACAACAACCAAACUGCCAGUGACGACCUGACCAUGAGAGACGGGAGCCGGGCAGCUAAUGCCAUCCAGUUCGCAGAGAGCUGGAAGGUGGCGGAGGUCCCGGGGUGCUCGGACAGCUGUACCAGGGAGUGCCUGGUCUGCAGUGAGGCUCAGAGACAACCCUACAAGGGAGAUCGGUACUGUGGGGUCAUCACCAGAGGGGACGGGCCGUUCAGAGAGUGCCACGGAGCCAUCGACCCAGCCCCCUUCUUCGAAGACUGCGUCUUUGACACCUGCCAGUACAAGGGUCUCCGUGAUGCUCUCUGCAGCGCGAUCAGCGCCUACGUGACGGCCUGCCAGGCCAGGGGUAUCCAGAUAGGCCAGUGGAGAUCGAGCUCAUUCUGCAGUGCCACCUGCCCCAGUAACUCCCACUACGAGCUCUGCGGGAGCGGCUGCCCUGCCACGUGCCACGGGCUCUCGGCGCCGGACGGUUGCGACGCCCCUUGUGCCGAAGGGUGUUUCUGCGACGCCGGGUUCCUCCUGAGCGGAGACCGGUGUGUCCCCAUCGAGCAGUGCGGCUGUGUGCACCAGGGCAGGUACUACGGGAAGGGAGAGGUGUUCUACCCCAGGGACUCCUGCCAGGAGAGGUGCCAGUGCAAAGACAACGGGGUGGUCCAGUGUGGGGAGGCCUCCUGUGGAGCCAACGAGCAGUGCAAGGUGGCGGAUGGCGUCCGGAAAUGCCACCCUGUCGGAUCCGCAACAUGCUCCGCAGCCGGAGACCCCCACUACCUCUCCUUCGAUGGGGUCGCCUUCGAUUUCCAAGGCACCUGCACCUACAUCCUGGCCAAGACCUGCACCAACACCGGGAACCUGACGUCCUUCUCCGUGAAGGUGGAGAAUGUGCCCUGGGGCAAUGGGAAGGUGUCUGUCACUAAGCUGGUGUCCGUGGAGGUCUAUGGGCUCACGCUCACCCUGCUGCAGAACAAAAAGGGGCUUGUCAUGGUGGACGGGGUGUCCCACAACCUCCCUGUGGUCGUGGCCGAUGGGCAGCUCCAAGCAUAUCAGCACGGCGGGAACGUGCUGGUGCAAACGGACUUCGGCCUCACCGUGAGCUACGACCUGGUUUACCACGCCAGAGUCACCGUCCCAGGGAACUACCAGGGCCAGAUGUGCGGCCUGUGCGGGAACUACAACGGGCGUCGGGAUGACGAGUUCCUGCUCCCCGAUGGCAGGGUGGCCUCUAACGUGGCAGCGUUCGGUUCUGCCUGGAAAGUCGUGAUCCCGGGGGUGGCCUGUGAGGAUGGAUGCGCCGGGAACAACUGCCCGGUCUGUGAGGAGAGGAAGAAGGACUUCUUCAAACAGCGCAACUACUGCGGGCUGCUCACAGCGCCCGAUGGCCCCUUCGCCGCCUGCCACAGCACAGUCAGCCCCACUGUGUAUUUCAACAACUGCCUGUAUGAUCUGUGCCUGGGCAACGGGGACUCCCAGGUCCUGUGCCAGAGCAUCCACAGCUACGUGACGGCCUGCCAGGAUGCCGGGGCCCCCAUCCAGCCCUGGAGGAGCACCUCCUUCUGCCCUCUGCGCUGCCCGGCCAACAGUCACUACGAGGUGUGCGCCGACCUCUGCACCACCACCUGUGCCAGGAUCACUGACGCCAGGAAGUGCCCAGACACCUGCGCCGAAGGCUGCCAGUGCGACGAUGGCUUCCUCUUCGACGGCCAGGGCUGCGUGGCUCUGCAGAGCUGUGGGUGCUUCAAGAAGGGGAUAUAUUACAAGCCUAAUGAGACAGUUCUGACCAACAAGUGCCAGCAAAACUGCACCUGCAUUCCUGCCCAAGGGGUGAUCUGUGAAGCCCACAGCUGCACCAGCGAUGAAACCUGUCAGAUCAGAGAUGGAGUCAUGCAAUGCAUCAACAAAGAUCCCUGCAAAGUCCUGACAUGUCGGGCCAAGGAGACGUGCAAGAUCGAGAACGGCCAUGCGAAGUGUGUUCCCGAUUUCAUUGGAACCUGCUGGGGCUGGGGGGACCCGCACUAUCACAGCUUCGACGGGCUGAACUUCAAUUUCCAGGGCACCUGCACCUACACCCUGGCCAAGUACUGCGGGACCGACCCCACCCUGGUGCCCUUCACCAUCGAUGAGAAGAACGACAACAGGGGGGGCAACCAGGCUGUCUCCUAUGUGCGUCUGACCAACAUCUUCGUCUACGGGUACAACAUCUCCAUCCACAAGAAGGAAGUUGGGAAAAUCAGAAUCAAUGAUGUGACCACCAGCUUGCCGGUGACCCUUGAAGAUGGUAAAAUCAAGCUCUACCAGAGCGGUCUCAAUGCUAUCCUGCAGACAGACUUUGGUCUGCAGGUGUCGUAUGACUGGAAUUGGCACCUGAUCAUCACCCUGCCCAGCAGCUAUUAUGGGGCCAUGGGCGGCCUUUGUGGGAACUUCAACCAAAACCGUGGAGAUGACAUGAGGUCACCCAACGGCACCAGAGUCUCCUCCAUCGUGGACUGGGCCAGGAGCUGGAAAGUCAAAGACCGGGACCCCUUCUGCUGGGAUGAUUGCAAAGGGAAAUGCCCAACGUGCGAUGAGAGCAAGCAGAAGAUCUACGGGGGCGACGAAUACUGUGGUUUGAUCAGCAAAGCACCGGGAGGGCCCUUCAGAGAGUGUCACCCCAAAGUGAGCCCAGAGGACAUUUUCGACAGCUGCAUCUACGACGUGUGUCUGAACGGGGGAGCCAAGAACAUCCUGUGCCAGGCGCUGGAGGCCUACGCAGCCAUCUGCAAGAAACAGGGCGUCACCGUCUAUGACUGGAGGACACCGUCCGGCUGUGUCCUGCCCUGCACUGAGAACAGCCACUACGAGGCCUGUGGGAACGCCUGCCCAGCCAGCUGCUCUGACCGAACUGCCCCCUCCUCCUGCCGGGAGCCCUGCGUGGAGACCUGCCAGUGUGACAAUGGUUAUGUCCUGAGUGCCGGCCAGUGCGUCCCCGUGGGGAGCUGUGGCUGUGACUACAAUGGCCGCUACUACAAACCCAACGAGGAGUUCUGGGCCGAUGAGAACUGCCACUCUUGGUGCAGCUGUGACCCCAGCCUGGGCAUGGUGCUUUGCCAGGAGACCAGCUGCAAGACCAGCGAGAGAUGCGCCGUGAUCAACGGGGUCCGUGGCUGCUACCCAAUCAGCUACUCCACAUGCACGGCCUCUGGGGACCCUCACUACACCACCUUUGACGGGAAAAAGUACGAUUUCAUGGGCACCUGCAUCUACCAGCUGGCUGGGGUCUGCUCCGAGGACCCCACACUCACCCCGUUCAACGUCAAGGUGGAGAAUAACAACCGUGGCAGCAAGGCCGUGUCCUACACCAAAGCGGUGACCUUGGAGGUCUACGGCAGAAACAUCACUGUCAGCCAGCAAUAUCCCCGCAAGAUCAAGGUGGACGGUGUCUUUGUGGCCCUGCCUUUCUACCAUGAGGAGAAGCUACAGGCCUAUGUCAGUGGAGCCCAAGUCCUCAUCAAGACCGCCUUCGCCCUAACAGUGACCUUUGACGGGAGUGGCCUGGUCCGGGUCACUGUACCCAACACUUACGCCAAUGCCCUCUGUGGUCUGUGUGGUGACAACAACCAAACUGCCAGUGACGACCUGACCAUGAGAGACGGGAGCCGGGCAGCUAAUGCCAUCCAGUUCGCAGAGAGCUGGAAGGUGGCGGAGGUCCCGGGGUGCUCGGACAGCUGUACCAGGGAGUGCCUGGUCUGCAGUGAGGCUCAGAGACAACCCUACAAGGGAGAUCGGUACUGUGGGGUCAUCACCAGAGGGGACGGGCCGUUCAGAGAGUGCCACGGAGCCAUCGACCCAGCCCCCUUCUUCGAAGACUGCGUCUUUGACACCUGCCAGUACAAGGGUCUCCGUGAUGCUCUCUGCAGCGCGAUCAGCGCCUACGUGACGGCCUGCCAGGCCAGGGGUAUCCAGAUAGGCCAGUGGAGAUCGAGCUCAUUCUGCAGUGCCACCUGCCCCAGUAACUCCCACUACGAGCUCUGCGGGAGCGGCUGCCCUGCCACGUGCCACGGGCUCUCGGCGCCGGACGGUUGCGACGCCCCUUGUGCCGAAGGGUGUUUCUGCGACGCCGGGUUCCUCCUGAGCGGAGACCGGUGUGUCCCCAUCGAGCAGUGCGGCUGUGUGCACCAGGGCAGGUACUACGGGAAGGGAGAGGUGUUCUACCCCAGGGACUCCUGCCAGGAGAGGUGCCAGUGCAAAGACAACGGGGUGGUCCAGUGUGGGGAGGCCUCCUGUGGAGCCAACGAGCAGUGCAAGGUGGCGGAUGGCGUCCGGAAAUGCCACCCUGUCGGAUCCGCAACAUGCUCCGCAGCCGGAGACCCCCACUACCUCUCCUUCGAUGGGGUCGCCUUCGAUUUCCAAGGCACCUGCACCUACAUCCUGGCCAAGACCUGCACCAACACCGGGAACCUGACGUCCUUCUCCGUGAAGGUGGAGAAUGUGCCCUGGGGCAAUGGGAAGGUGUCUGUCACUAAGCUGGUGUCCGUGGAGGUCUAUGGGCUCACGCUCACCCUGCUGCAGAACAAAAAGGGGCUUGUCAUGGUGGACGGGGUGUCCCACAACCUCCCUGUGGUCGUGGCCGAUGGGCAGCUCCAAGCAUAUCAGCACGGCGGGAACGUGCUGGUGCAAACGGACUUCGGCCUCACCGUGAGCUACGACCUGGUUUACCACGCCAGAGUCACCGUCCCAGGGAACUACCAGGGCCAGAUGUGCGGCCUGUGCGGGAACUACAACGGGCGUCGGGAUGACGAGUUCCUGCUCCCCGAUGGCAGGGUGGCCUCUAACGUGGCAGCGUUCGGUUCUGCCUGGAAAGUCGUGAUCCCGGGGGUGGCCUGUGAGGAUGGAUGCGCCGGGAACAACUGCCCGGUCUGUGAGGAGAGGAAGAAGGACUUCUUCAAACAGCGCAACUACUGCGGGCUGCUCACAGCGCCCGAUGGCCCCUUCGCCGCCUGCCACAGCACAGUCAGCCCCACUGUGUAUUUCAACAACUGCCUGUAUGAUCUGUGCCUGGGCAACGGGGACUCCCAGGUCCUGUGCCAGAGCAUCCACAGCUACGUGACGGCCUGCCAGGAUGCCGGGGCCCCCAUCCAGCCCUGGAGGAGCACCUCCUUCUGCCCUCUGCGCUGCCCGGCCAACAGUCACUACGAGGUGUGCGCCGACCUCUGCACCACCACCUGUGCCAGGAUCACUGACGCCAGGAAGUGCCCAGACACCUGCGCCGAAGGCUGCCAGUGCGACGAUGGCUUCCUCUUCGACGGCCAGGGCUGCGUGGCUCUGCAGAGCUGUGGGUGCUUCAAGAAGGGGAUAUAUUACAAGCCUAAUGAGACAGUUCUGACCAACAAGUGCCAGCAAAACUGCACCUGCAUUCCUGCCCAAGGGGUGAUCUGUGAAGCUCACAGCUGCACCAGCGAUGAAACCUGUCAGAUCAGAGAUGGAGUCAUGCAAUGCAUCAACAAAGAUCCCUGCAAAGUCCUGACAUGUCGGGCCAAGGAGACGUGCAAGAUCGAGAACGGCCAUGCGAAGUGUGUUCCCGAUUUCAUUGGAACCUGCUGGGGCUGGGGGGACCCGCACUAUCACAGCUUCGACGGGCUGAACUUCAAUUUCCAGGGCACCUGCACCUACACCCUGGCCAAGUACUGCGGGACCGACCCCACCCUGGUGCCCUUCACCAUCGAUGAGAAGAACGACAACAGGGGGGGCAACCAGGCUGUCUCCUAUGUGCGUCUGACCAACAUCUACGUCUACGGGUACAACAUCUCCAUCCACAAGAAGGAAGUUGGGAAAAUCAGAAUCAAUGAUGUGACCACCAGCUUGCCGGUGACCCUUGAAGAUGGUAAAAUCAAGCUCUACCAGAGCGGUCUCAAUGCUAUCCUGCAGACAGACUUUGGUCUGCAGGUGUCGUAUGACUGGAAUUGGCACCUGAUCAUCACCCUUCCCAGCAGCUAUUAUGGGGCCAUGGGCGGCCUUUGUGGGAACUUCAACCAAAACCGUGGAGAUGACAUGAGGUCACCCAACGGCACCAGAGUCUCCUCCAUCGUGGAAUGGGCCAGGAGCUGGAAAGUCAAAGACCGGGACCCCUUCUGCUGGGAUGAUUGCAAAGGGAAAUGCCCAACGUGCGAUGAGAGCAAGCAGAAGAUCUACGGGGGCGACGAAUACUGUGGUUUGAUCAGCAAAGCACCGGGAGGGCCCUUCAGAGAAUGUCACUCCAAAGUGAGCCCAGAGGACAUUUUCGACAGCUGCAUCUACGACGUGUGUCUGAACGGGGGAGCCAAGAACAUCCUGUGCCAGGCGCUGGAGGCCUACGCAGCCAUCUGCAAGAAACAGGGCGUCACCGUCUAUGACUGGAGGACACCGUCCGGCUGUGGUGAGCUCUGUGCUUUGACCAGCUGCAAGACCAGCGAGAGAUGCGCCGUGAUCAACGGGGUCCGUGGCUGCUACCCAAUCAGCUACUCCACGUGCACGGCCUCCGGGGAUCCUCACUACACCACCUUCGAUGGGAAAAAGUACGAUUUCAUGGGCACCUGCAUCUACCAGCUGGCUGGGGUCUGCUCCGAGGACCCCACACUCACCCCGUUCAGCGUCAAGGUGGAGAAUAACAACCGCGGCAGCAAGGCAGUGUCCUACACCAAAACGGUGACCUUGGAGGUCUACGGCAGAAACAUCACUGUCAGCCAGCAAUAUCCCCGCAAGAUCAAGGUGGACGGGGAGCUCUACACUCUCCCGCUGACUAUGAACGACGGGAAACUUCAUAUCAACCAGGAGGGAAACAACAUCAUUGUCCAGUCUGCCUCUGGCCUCAAAGUCCUUUACGACACCUCCUAUUAUAUCCUAGUCUCCAUCCCCAGCUCCUACAAGGGACACGUGUGCGGCUUGUGCGGCAACUUCAACGGAGACAAGAAUGACGACUUCCUGCUGCCCAGUGGGAAGAGUGCCCAGAACGCGGAUGAGUUCGGGGCCUCCUGGAAGGUGCCCGUUGAUGGUGCCACGUGCACCGACGGCUGUGGGGAAAGAUGCCCGGUCUGUGAUGCAGCUAAAACAGCGCCGUAUCAGGUCGAUAGCUCCUGUGGGCUGAUCAAAGCGACAUCAGGUCCCUUUAAAUACUGUCACUCGCUGGUCAGCCCUACCGAGUAUUUCAACCAUUGUCUCUAUGACAUGUGUGCUGCCAAUGGAGCAAGAGAAAUCCUCUGCCAGAGUGUCCAGGCCUACGCGGCCGCAUGCCAGGCAGCUGGAGGCACAGUCGGUGCCUGGAGAACAGCCUCCUUCUGCCGUGAGUCCCGGCAUCCAUGCAGAACGCUGAAUUGCCGGGAGAAGGAAAGAUGCAGGAUUAAGAAUGGCCAGGCAAUAUGCUUCCAUGAAUAUAUGGGAACCUGCAAUGUAUCCCUUACCUCCCAGUACUACACCUUUGAUGGUCUGACCAUGGACGUCCAAGACACCUGCACCUAUACCAUCACCAAGUACUGUGGUCAUGACCCCACCCUGGAGCACUUCACCAUUGAGGAGAAGAAUAGCAACAUGGGGGAACAGGACAGUUCCAACCUUGGGUUGACCACCAUCCACGUCUAUGGCUACAACAUCUCCAUCUACAAGGGACAGGGUGGAGAAGUCAGGUUAAAUGACAAGAGCGUCCGCCUGCCAGUCACCCUGGAGGCUGGGAAAAUCAAGCUCUCCCAGAGCGAGAGACGUCCCAUCCUGCAGACGGAUUUUGGGCUCCAGGUGCGAUAUGACAGCGACUGGGCUGUGAUCGUGACUCUCGCCAGCAGCUAUUUUGGGAGCACUUGCGGGCUGUGUGGGAACUUCAAUGGUGACACUGACGAUGAAGAGAUGCUCUCCAAUGGCACCAAAGCCUCUUCCGUCCUGGCCUGGCUUGAUAGCUGGAGAGUGGAGGACUCAGACCCCUCCUGCAGGGAUUCCUGCCAGGGGAAAUGUCCGGUGUGUGAGGAGAGCAAGAGGCAGCUCUACGGGGGGGACAGUCACUGCGGGGGGAUCAGCAAAGCGCCAGGCGGGCCCUUCAGAAAGUGUCACCCCAGAGUGAGCCCCGACGAGUUCUUCCACAGCUGUGUCCACAACGUGUGUCUGAAUGAGGGUGACAAGAGCAUCCUGUGCCAGGCGCUGGAGGCCUACGCGGACGCCUGCCAGGAGCACGCGGUCACUGUCUACGACUGGAGGACGCCCUCCGGCUGUGUCCUGCCUUGCCCUGAGAACAGCCACUAUGAGGCCUGUGGGAACGCCUGCCCAGCCAGCUGCUCUGACCGAACUGCUCCCUCCUCCUGCCGGGAGCCCUGCGUGGAGACCUGCCAGUGUGACGAUGGUUACAUCCUGAGUUCUGGCCAGUGUGUCCCCGUGGAGAGCUGCGGAUGUGACUACAAUGGCCGCUACUACAAACCCAACGAGGAGUUCUGGGCCGAUGAGAACUGCCGCUCUCGAUGCAGGUGUGACCCCAGCCUAGGCACGGUGGUUUGCCAGGAAACCAGCUGCAAGAGCAAUGAGCGAUGUGUCAUUGUGAACGGUACCCGCCGCUGUAAGGCGACUACCUACUCCACCUGCAUAGGUACUGGAGACCCUCACUACACCACCUUCGAUGGGAAGAAGUUUGAUUUCAUGGGCACCUGCAUCUACCAGUUCGCGGCUCUCUGCUCUGAGGACCCCACGCUCACCCCGUUCAAUGUCAAAGUGGAGAACAACCACCGCGGCAGUAAGGCCGUGUCCUACACCAAAACGGUGACCUUAGAGGUCUACAACGUGACCAUCAGCAUGAGCCAGGAUCAUCCACGCAAGAUGCAGGUGGAUGGUGUUUUCGUGGACCUGCCCUUCUCCCACCAGCACAAGUUCAAGGCCUACAUCAGUGGUGUUCAUGGUUUCAUCAAGACUGACUUCGACCUGAGAGUGAGCUUCGACUGGUACAGCUAUGCCAGGGUCAUCAUACCCAAUACGUACGCCAACGCUGUCUGCGGCCUCUGUGGCAAUGCCAAUCAGGACCCCAGCGAUGAUCUGACCAUGAAGAAUGGAACUCAGACAUCUGAUGAGAUUCAGUUCGCCGACAGCUGGAAGGUUGGUGACGUCCCGGGGUGCUCGGACAGCUGCACCGGGGACUGCUCAGUCUGUAGUGAGUCUCAGAAACAAACCUACAAGGGAGACCAGUACUGUGGGGUCCUCAUCCGACAGAACGGGCCAUUCAGACAGUGCCACGGGGCCAUCGACCCAGCCCCCUUCUUUGAUGAUUGUGUCUUUGACACCUGCCAGUACAAGGGUCAUCGUGAUACUUUGUGCAGCGCAAUCAGUGCCUAUGUGACAGCCUGCCAGGCCAGGGACAUCCGGAUAGGGCAGUGGAGAUCGGCCUCAUUCUGCAGUCUCACCUGUCCCCGGAACUCUCACUACGAGUUCUGUGGGAGCAGCUGUCCUGCCACCUGCCACAGACCCUCGGCUCCAGACAAAUGCGAGGAGCCCUGUGUGGAAGGGUGUUUCUGCGAUGCCGGAUUCAUCCUCAGCGGAGACCGGUGCAUCCCCAUCACGCAGUGUGGCUGUGUGCACGAGGGCAGGUACUACCAGAAGGGAGAGGAGUUCUACACCAGCGCCUCCUGCCAGGAGCGGUGCCGGUGCCAAGGCAACGGGGUCGUCGAGUGCCAGGCAGCCUCCUGCGGAGCCAAUGAGGAGUGCAGGGUGGAGAACGGAGUCCUGGGCUGCCACUCCAUGGAGUAUGGAACCUGCGUAGUCUCCGGUGACCCUCACUACAUCUCAUUUGAUGGACGGGCCUUCGACAUCCAGGGCUCCUGCGCUUACACCUUAGCCAAGGUCUGCAGCAGUGACCCCCGGCUGGUGGAAUUUUCCGUGGUGGUUGAGAACGAGAGCACCGGCGGUGGCCGUGUGGCUCAGACGCGGGCGGUGGUGGUCUCUGUGCAUGGUUACACCAUCUCUCUGGAGAGGGGAAGGAAGUGGAAGGUGGCGGUGGGUGGAGAGCUCUACACCCUCCCACUGACAAUGGACAACGGGAAACUUCGGAUCAACCAGGAAGGGAACAACAUCAUUGUCCAGUCUGCCUCUGGCCUCCAAGUCUUUUAUGACACUGCCUCCUACCUCCUAGUGUCCAUCCCCAGCACCUACAAGGGACACAUGUGCGGCUUGUGCGGCAAUUUCAAUGGUGACAAAAACGAUGACUCCCUGCUGCCCAAUGGAAAGAGCACCCAAAGUUUGAGCGAGUUUGUCAUUUCCUGGAAGGUGCCUGUUGAUGGUGCCAUGUGCUCCGAUGGCUGCGGUGAGAGAUGUCCCAUCUGUGAUGGGGCCCAGACAGCACCGUACCAGUCCGAGAGCUCCUGUGGGCUGAUCAGAGCCACCUCAGGUCCCUUCAGAGAUUGUCACUCGCUGGUCAGCCCUGCCACGUACUUCAACCACUGUCUCCACGACAUGUGUGCUACCAACGGGACGGGAGAGACCCUCUGCCAGAGCCUCCAGGCCUAUGCGGCCGCGUGCCAGACCACUGGGGCCAAGAUCAGAGCCUGGAGAACAGCCUCCUUCUGCCCCCUUGCUUGCCCACUCAACAGCCACUAUGAGCUGUGCACCAAGUCCUGCGAUUUCACCUGUGCUGGCUUGUCUGCCCCUGCUCAGUGCACCCAGAGAUGCUUUGAAGGCUGCCAGUGCAACACUGGCUACAUGUUCGAUGGGGAGGAGUGCGUGUCCAUGGACAGGUGCGGCUGCAUGAACGAUGGACGCUACAUCAAGUCCAGGGAGAAUGUCAUCUCCAGUGACUGCUCAGAGAAAUGCACUUGCCACCCAUCAGGUGGGCUCAUCUGUGAGAAAAACAGCUGCACCACUGGCAAGAUCUGCUUGCUCAGGGAUGGGAUGCAUGGAUGCGUGGAGCAGGAAGGCCGGUGCAUGGUCUCUCCGGGCGCUUACCUCACCACCUUUGAUGGUGCCAAGGGGAAACUCCUCUACAGUGGGACGUACAAAGUGGCCUUGCUCUGUGACGAGAGCUCUCCUGCCUGGUUCAAGGUGGUGGUAGACAUCAGCAGUUGCACCAAUGACGGAAUACCAGCUUGUGCGGCCAUCUUUGUUUUUUUCCGAGAAGCUCUUAUCACUGUGAACAAUAACAUGGAGACCUGGGUGAAUGGGCGCUCAGUGCAGCUCCCGGCAAAAGUCUCCGAUGCUGUGUCUGUGAUCAAGUCUCAGGGCGGCGUGGCUGUGGUCCAGGCCUCGGGGAUGCAAGUUCUGUUCAGCCCCAGUGGGGAGGUGACGCUGAGGGUGGACAAGAGCCUGGCUAACAAGCUGUGCGCACCCUGUGGGAACUUCAACGGCGACGUCUCCGAUGACCUGCGGCUGCCCAGCGGGAAAAUCGUGGGGAGCAUCGCUGAGGUCAUUGAUGCCUGGAAGGCCAGGGACUUUUUAGAAUGCCACGCUUCUAACAUCGUGUGAGCUGACCUGGAAACUACGUUGGUCCCUGCACAUUAGACGGCGCCAGCGUGGGUUUGGCCCAGGAAUUCCCACUACACAGAGUGCUGGAGGCAGGUGGGACUCACCGGGCCAUGUGUGUGGCUGAAACCCUGGGCUGAUGUUUACAGAGCUGAGUGAGGGAAUUGGGUGCACCACGUUCCCAGUGAUGUAGUGGCUGUUAUAUAUGUGUGCAUCCCUGCCUGCCCUGCCCAUUUGUUUGGGAGUAUGUGCCCUCUCUAGAGACUAGCCCAAAAAGAUAAAUAAAAGCUUCAAGUUUAGGGAGAACUGGUGGUAAUUCUCUUUGUGCUCAAGUGACAGAGGCCUAUUUUUGGAGCUGAAGAUCCCGAGUUCUGCUUCCCAUGCUUGGCUAACAGCCAGCA